AAGAAAUUCUGUGAAAAAGUGUCUGACGUGGUGUUCCCGGAAAGAAAAUUUAGCCCUCACCCCGCGUGGGCAAUUGUGCAGUUCUCAAUGAGGGUGUUUGUGUGACCUUUUUGACGUAGCCUCUGGUGUGGCCCCCCAGAAAGGGGACCCCCGCAGAGCUGUCAAAUUAGUUGGAUUUCCAGUGUCAAAAAGCUAGCAACCUGUUGUGAAAGAAAGUGUUGGGAAAAGUACAAGUUCCAUACUAAGAAAGUCACUUUCGUGGACUGAAACUGUGACCCAUAGGUGCCCGGCACCCUAAACUCCCCCAUUUGAGCCUUUGGUUACAGACUUUUGUUCAUUAAACAGGAAACAGGGGAGACGGAAGGCAACCAACAAGAAAAAAAACCAAAGUGGGUCGUCAAAGAUUGUCUGAUUCACUACUAAGGCGUCGAAAUGCGCCAUAAGGAGGAACUUCAUCCAGGGGAAGUCCCUUUCUGUGAAUCCUUCCGGAUCUAUCUGACAGGAUUGUAGAAGUUGGAGUAAUAAUACAAAAUUAACAUCAUCAGCCAAUCAUCCCGUACAUCAAUUUUUUGCUGAUACAACAACAAUGGCCCAAACAGGCGGCGGAAGUGUUGCUCCGGAUGCACCAGCUCCAGCUCCACCCGCACCUCCAGCUCCAGCUCCAGCUAAAGUAACCAACAAUAAUGAUGGUAGUAAAGCAAUCAUAGUAGCCGAGAGUCCACUUGGUGUACUUCGUUUUGUGCGAAAAUCUUUGGAAAAUCGUGCCUACUAUGACAAUGAUGCUACUGAGACAGAGUGUACACGCAAUUUGGAUGAUAACAUUGAGAUUCUGAGUCAGGAAGCGAAGAAUUUGGAGGCAAAAUUUAAGAAGACUGAAGAGAGAUUGGUACAAUAUGGGCCAAUAUUUGAUCCAGAACGUUUUGUGGAGCAACAGAAGGAGGCAAAGGAAGAUAAGGAUUUGGGUGUCAAUAUAUCACCCUGUAAGCGUUUUCUCAAGCUCAAUGAAGAAAUUGGUCGAGGGAGUUUUAAGACCGUCUUUAGGGGUUGGGAUACACAUACUGGUGUCGAUGUGGCUUGGUGUGAAUUGCUGGACAAGAAGGUGAGUAAGGCUGAAAGGCAGAGAUUCAAGGAGGAAGCAGAUAUGCUGAAGAAUUUGCAGCAUCCAAAUAUUGUGAGAUUCUAUAAUUGCUGGGAAGAGACAGUGGGGAAGCGUAAGAAUAUUGUUCUGGUUACAGAACUUAUGCUUUCGGGCACUCUCAAGUCCUACUUGAGGCGCUUCAAGAGGAUAAAUCCUAAGGUGCUAAAGUCCUGGUGUCGACAGAUUCUCAAGGGACUAUCCUUUUUGCACUCACGUACGCCCCCUAUCAUACAUAGGGAUCUCAAAUGUGACAAUAUCUUCAUCACUGGAACCACUGGGAGUGUCAAGAUAGGUGAUUUAGGUUUGGCUACACUGAAGAAUCGCAGUUUUGCCAAAAGUGUCAUUGGGACACCAGAAUUUAUGGCUCCGGAAAUGUAUGAGGAGCACUAUGAUGAGGGUGUUGAUGUUUAUGCCUUUGGAAUGUGUAUGCUGGAGAUGUCUACGAGUGAAUAUCCGUAUAGUGAAUGCAGUGGUCCAGCACAGAUCUAUAAGAAGGUGACGUCGGGUAUUAAGCCAGCAAGUCUGGAGAAGGUGGAAAAUCCGGAAGUACGUGAAAUUAUUGAGAGUUGUAUACAGGUGAAGAAGGAGGCCAGGCCAAGUUGCAAAGAUUUGCUGAAUAGUGAAUUCUUUGCUCAGGAUAUUGGAAUACGAUUGGAACCAACUCAGAAGGAGACUUUUAUGGCCAAUCCUGAUGCAACACGCAUUGAUUUUCGUCUUCGUGUGAUAAAUCCGAAGAAACGUCCGGCGAAAUACAAGGAAAAUGAAGCUGUUCAGUUUUUCUUUGACUAUGCCCAUGAUGACUAUGAUGAAUUGGCAGUGGAAAUGGCUAGGGGGAAUCACAUUCUCGAUGAAGAUAUUCGAGAAGUGGCUAAAUUGCUCAAGAUACAAGUUAAUGCCCUCAUAGCUGAACGGAAGAAGUUGCAAGUUAAGGAAGAACAACCUCCGCCUCCUGCACCGCAGCCUGUAGUUCCAGCUGCAAAAGUUGAGCCAGUGGCAGAACCAGAGCCUGAAGUUAAGACUCCAGCAGCAUCUCAGACACCACAGCAACUCAAUCGACAGACAUCUGAGGCUUCAGAGCCCAAGAGUGGUAAACAGGCUAAAGCAAGGAGACCCAAUAAGUCCAGUGAACGUCCAAAAUUGCAAGUGACUAAAGUUGUCAAUGGGACAGUUCACUGUGUUUUGGAGAAUCGUCUGAAUACCAUUACCUUCAAAUUUGACAUUUCUGACAUGAAUCCCGAGGAAAUUGCCAAUAAUUUGCUGUCACAGCAACUUUUGAUGGAGAAUCAAUAUGCUUAUUUUAUGGAAUUGAUUCGGGAUGUUGUGUUGCAGUUGAAGAGCAAUCCAAAUCAACUACCACAGCCAAUACAGCCACGUCGAAAUAUGGAUAAAGUGCGUCAUGCAUCGCUGACGCGUCAGCGACCAGCAUUCAAACUCCAUCAUCGGCACAAAUCUCGCGAUGAGACAUCCACAACAACGACCAGUUCGUUGAUGCAAAUGUUUGAUCCUCAGAUUAUCAGUCAUGAAUUUCUGGCUGGUAAUUUUUACACAUCUCACGAUGAUGGUACCAGUGGCACAACUGGAAGUGAUGAAAGUGUCGGAAGUGGCGAAACGGAACAUGCGAGGGAAGAUGGAGAUGGAAUCUCAAGAAAGAUGAGUACAGCAUCCGAAUGUACAAUCUCAUCGUCAGAACAUACACCAGAAAAUACAGUUGUCGGUGGUGUUGAUCAGGAUAAGCGACAACAGAUGGUGCGCAAAGUCUCUAGAUUUACAGUGACUCCCCUUGAGAUGACAACAACACCAGACAGUGUCGAUGAAGCACCAACAGCAGCUGAUGCUCCUGCACCGGUUAAACCUGUUGGUCCUGAGCAUAUAAAUACGCUGGAACAGCUAAAGAUUGAACUUGAAAAUAUCACACAUGCCCAUGUUCCAGCCAUUGUCAAACAAAAGGAUAUUUCGGUGCAGGGUGCAUCCGGUCAAGCGACACCCAAUAUACCGCCAGGGCGCGAUGAGUGUCUUCCAGAUGGGGAGAUUUGUCAAUCUCCAAUGACUGAAGGGAUCCAUAUACCCAGCGAAGUACCUCCAAGUCGCAUACUUACACCCCGAAGUGAUUCUCCGGUUCGGGAAGAAUUACCACCCGUAGUCAAAGAUACUACUCCCAUUGUAUCUCCCGUAGAAGAGAUAAAAACAUCAGUUGAGCCAAAAGUUGAAGAUAUGCCGCCGCCAGUAGUUGCAACGGUAACUGAACGCACCGAUGAUAACCAUUCGACCGAAGGGAAACGAAUUAAGCAGUUGGCUCAGCUUGAAGUGGAACUGGCAAAACUUCACAAAGGUUCAGGAACAUCGGAGACCCCUCCAGUCUUGUCUCCAGCUCCCCCAACAACAUCCACAGCCCCGUCUCUGACACCAGUUCCUCUGGUGGCAUCCCCAGCAACACCUGCGCCAAUCGCUACCGCUGCUACUGCUGCACCUUCAGUGGCAUCUACAACACUUCCAACAGUGGUUUCUACAUCUACAACAGUAGCACCACCAACUGCACUUCCUCCUAUUUCAGUAGCACCUGUGGCAUCAUCUGUAGUGUUUCCAGCUCCUCCACUCGCAUCUGAAGCAUCUCCAGUUGUCGAGGAAAAACCUAAAGCUGAUCCUGUACGCAAAGUAUCACGCUUCCAGGUGUCCACUGUGAAGGAAAAUAAGGAGAUAGUUGAGAAAGAUCCAGAACCAGCUCAGACAUCAUCCAAUCAAAUUGUGGGAAUUGGUCCAGUCAAUGGUUUUCCCAUUCCCAUUGUUAAUUUGGGACAGACAAUUAAUUUGGUACAGCCCAAAGAGGAUGAGAUUAGUCAAUUUACGGAAUUGAAGAGAAAUGUCGAAGAGGCCAAAUUGAUGCUGUCCAAGAUGAAUCUUGAGCCAAAUUCACGUCAGCAAUUGCGGAUUCUUCUGUCGCGACAGCAUCUUGAGGAGGAAGAGCUCAGACUAAGGCACUUUAUGGAAUUGGAGAAAUUCCAGAAGAGUGUUGCUGAUCAGAUAGAGCAUGAAUCAAACGCUAUACAUGGUGUCAAUGGUAAUCCCUUCUAGUCUAGGAUGUCAUUGUUAUAAUUCACUAGGAGACGCCCAAUUUGCCGCGUGAGGACUAUUAGCAUAUUCGGCUUGCUUUUGGAGCUCCAAGGAAAACAAAGAAAAAGUGUUCCAGAUAUUUUUGAAACGAUAAGAAGUCUUCAUAGCUGAUGAUGCAUUAAAAAAAACUACAGAUAUGGUAUCCUGAAAGAGCUCCACUUUUGGAAAAGCGCACCCCCAUGGAGUCGUCGAAUGCUCCGCCUAAAAGACGAGAAAGAACAGCGGAAAUUAUGAUUGUAAAAAAAGCGUUUUGUAUAAAAUCAGUUCAAUUGUAAUUUAAAAUGUAUAUUAAUUAUUGAAAAUUAAUAGGAAAGGGGAAAAAAGCGAGAUAGUUUACUAAUUUAAAAUUUCCGGUAAUAUCACUAGAAAAUAGAGAAUUAUUAAUAAUAUUUCGAGAGUCUCGAGCGAGAUCUCGAGACCUCGAGAAUAUAUCCAGAAUAUCGCUAUAGAGACUUGUAUGAGUUGCCGGAUGAAUACUUCGACUUUUAAAAUCAGCAAAUCAUAUAUAAUUGAUUGAUUUAUUCUAAUAAAGUGCAUAAAUAGGAAAAACAAUGUAGAAAAUAAAGGUAAAAUUUGAAUAGGC